AUGGAGGAACACAGUGAGAACCUGAAGCAGCUGCAGACCCAAGCGAGCGUAAACCUCACGCCGACGCCGCAGCGACAGCGAACGCCGGAAGGUGCUACGCCCGCCACUUUUGAGGGUCUGCCCCCUGAGGUCUACUCGCUAACUUGGCCCACGGCCUUCCUCGAGAGCCCUCGCGGAGAACGCUUGGAACUGACGGAGGAAGCUUCCCAUGCCACACGCAGCUCAGGCAUCACGAAAGGGGUGGCCCUGGUAGGCCCGCUCUCCCUGGAGCGUGGCCUCGCUUACUUCGAAGUGGAGGUUGCCGAGAUGGAAUCCAAGUGCUCCCAAAGCAUGGCGCUCGGCUUUUGCCCUGUCCUCCCAGAAACUCGGGGCUCGGCCCUCCGGGCGGAGCGCGCCCGCGAGCUGCGCAGGGCCACGCUGCUGGGCUAUGAUCUGCCGAAGAUCUAUGCAGACGGUCAGGAGGCUGGAAAGAUCAACACCAAACAGUGGCGUCCCCUCAAGGACCUCUCCGCAGGAAGCCGCAUCGGCCUUCUUAUCGACCGGAAUGCCUGGGAGCUGACGGUCUUCAUGAAUGGCUGCAGGAAGGUGACUGUGUCCAUACCAACAGAUGGAUCGCAGCGCCCCACGGAGGUUUGGGGAAUCGUCGACAUCCACGGAAACGUAAGAUCUGUUCGGCUGCGCGGCAAUUCGGAGAUCAGGCCGACGGCAUCACCUGCCCUUCCAGCGCCUCCGCAGUGGGCUCUGCAGGCACCUCGAACGCCUGCGCGACUGGCAUCGACGCAGGAGCAUGCAUCAACUCCACUCGCAGGUCGUGACAUUCCUCCUCGUUCCCUCUUCGAGGAGGAAAAUCCGCCAUCGAAGAAAUUCUCAGUUGUGGAGGUCACGGCCAGCGCAAAGAAGCGGCUGCGGCUGAGCGCUCACCCUUGCGGCUGCAUUGCUCACUUGCUCGACGUAAAUCGAACUGUGAUCCACUUACCUCGGCAAGCGGACUUCGUCAUUGGUAGAAAUCCCCAGUGCUGCAAUCUCGUGGUCGACAGCAAAGAUGUGCCAAACAUGGUCUCCAGAAGGCACGCCGUCAUCGUCUCUGCCGAUGAUUCCAUUAUGAUCAUGGACUGCGAGUCAGUGAACGGCACGUUCGUGAAUGGUCGCAGAGUUGCUCGAGAGACUCUGCGGCAAGGAGAUCAGAUCAUGGUCGGCAAUCCGCAGCAAAGCCCCAAGGAGUUCCAGUUCGAGGUCUCCAUGCCAUCGGCGCUGGACGCCUGA